CAUUUGCCCUGUCUUCAAGUGGGCCAAGAACACAAGCAUACCUACUUGCCACUGGAAGUAUGCAACAUUGUUGCUGGGCAACGUUGCAUCAAAAAACUAACGGAUAUGCAAACGUCAACAAUGAUCAAAGCCACUGCACGUUCAGCUCCCGACAGAGAACGGGAAAUCACCAAUUUAGUACAUCGAGCUGAUUUCAACAAUGACGCCUAUGUACAAGAAUUCGGAUUGACCAUUUCCAACAGUAUGAUGGAAGUACGCGGUCGUGUUCGUCCUCCACCAAAACUCGGCCGAGUGUCGUCGAUCAGCGGGCAACCAUUAUUUCCUCCACAGAACAAAGUUAGCCUUGCAUCUCCCAACCAAGGUGUUUGGGAUAUGCGUGGCAAACAAUUUUUCACUGGUGUCGAAAUUCGCGUCUGGGCUAUUGCUUGUUUCGCACCACAACGUACUGUACGAGAGGAUUCGCUGCGCAACUUUACCCAACAGCUACAGAAAAUAUCCAACGAUGCUGGCAUGCCAAUCAUAGGCCAGCCAUGCUUCUGCAAAUAUGCCACCGGACCUGACCAAGUUGAACCCAUGUUCAGAUACUUAAAGAAUAGCUUUAAUGCACUACAACUUGUUGUAGUUGUACUUCCUGGAAAGACACCUGUUUACGCUGAAGUUAAGCGAGUUGGUGACACUGUUUUGGGAAUGGCCACACAAUGUGUCCAAGCGAAAAAUGUCAACAAAAUAUCGCCACAAACACUAUCCAAUUUAUGCUUAAAGAUCAACGUUAAACUGGGCGGCAUCAAUUCCAUCUUAGUACCAUCCAUACGACCAAAAGUAUUCAAUGAGCCAGUCAUAUUCCUUGGAGCUGAUGUGACCCAUCCACCAGCUGGUGACAAUAAAAAACCAUCUAUUGCUGCCGUUGUUGGCUCCAUGGAUGGUCAUCCAUCACGAUACUCGGCCACCGUCCGUGUUCAGCAGCAUCGACAAGAGAUUAUUCAAGAGCUUAGCAGCAUGGUACGUGAGCUCUUGAUAAUGUUCUACAAAUCCACCGGUGGCUAUAAGCCACACCGAAUCAUUUUGUAUCGUGACGGCGUCUCUGAAGGUCAAUUCCCACAUGUGCUGCAACACGAAUUGACCGCAUUGCGGGAAGCCUGCAUCAAAUUGGAAGCUGAUUAUAAACCGGGAAUUACAUUUAUCGUUGUUCAGAAGCGACAUCAUGCGCGUCUAUUCUUACAAAUAAAUCGUAUUUACUUAGAGUAUAAAUAGAAACAAAAACAAGCAAAAAAAAAAAUGAAAACACAAAUUCACUGAAACCAAAACUGAUAAGAGACAUUAUUUAGUUUGAAUUAGCAGCAGCAGCAUCGCCGCAACUAAUGCAAUUAGAACGAUCUUAUGAAUUUUAGCUCGCGCGGUCGAACCACACAUACCCUCCCUCUCGUUUCAACGUAAUUUAUUAAUUUAUCACAAUCAAGAGGCACAGAGAUAAGUAAGCAUGCAUACGGACCACAGUUAUGCCACCAAAAAAAAGAGAAACAAAUGAAAGAAACAGAUAGGAGCACAUCUCA